AUGGCAGUCGACGCAGUUGCACCUCUGCCGCCAAUGCAGCAACUGCAGCUGCACAAUGGUAGCCAUUUUACAACGGGCGAUGUUGGCGAUGUUGGCAAUGUAGGCGACAGCGCUUCGUCUCUCGUCGGCCAGCUUCCACCCAAACGCCACUCGCGCAAGACGCUCGUCAAGCGCCACAAUGCACACCUCAAGACAAUGCCGGAUCCGGCAACGGGCGACAACGAAGCCCGCCCGGUCAAGCAGGUCAUUCUGUCCGAAGCGUACCCGGCGUCGUACAAGUCGAUCCGCGAGCUGGACGUGAUGCCGCUGGCCGCGCUGCGCAUCGAGACGCACCACCGCGGCCGCAUGGUAGUCGUGCAGGCGGCGACGGCGGCCUACCGCGGCGUCGGGUCGGUGUCGGUGGUGGUGGACGCCGCGGGCGACGCCGACAAGCUGGCGGUGUACAACCACAGCGACACGUCGCUGCUGUCGAACCUGCCGGCGGGGUGCGUGGUGGCGGUCAAGGAGCCGUACUACAAGCGCAACGAGGUGGGGCCGUCGGCGGCGGAUUUCAUGAUUUGCGUGGACCACCCGUCGGACGUGGUGCUGCUGCGCUUCGACGACCCGCUGGUGCCGGCUGCGCUGCAGCUGCCGGCCGACAGCCGCGCGGCGCUCGACAAGACAUCACACGAGUGGCGUGCUGCCGGCGACAUGGCGUUUCUGCAGCGCGACCUGCCGACGGCGGCGUUUUGCUACACGGAGGCCGUGGCGGCGGCAAAGGACACGGACGCGCAGGACACGGGCGGCACGGCAUCUACGUUUACGGCCGGUGUCUACGCAAAGCGCGCCGGUGUCAAUCUGCUCCUGGGCCGCUACGACGGCGCCCGCGACGAUGCCCUGGCGUCGUGCACGGGCCAUGCGGCGACGGACUGGCGCGCCUACUACACGGCUGCCCGGGCGGCCUACGGUCUGUGCCACUACGAGACGAGCCGGGCGUACUUUGCUAAGGCGCUGGACGCACAAGCGAGUGUCUCGUCGACCGUAGACGCGGCGCUGCAGCGCGAGUCGGACCGCUGCCUGGCGCGCCUGCGGGAAGAGACGGAGGGCACCGACGAGGCGUACGACUUCCCGGCCAUGUACGCGUCGCUGAGCCUGCAGACGAACCCGGUGCAGGUGCACCUGGACCGGGGCAGCUUUCUGCGCAAGACGGCGGUGCGGCGGUCCGCCUUCCACGGCAAUGGGCUGUUUGCGACGGAGGACAUGGCGGCGGGCGACAUUGUGUUUGUCGAAAAGGCGGCCUUUAUGCCCAGCCAGUACCUGGAGCCGGCGCGCGCGUCGGCGGCGCUGUAUGCGACCAUGGUACGGCACAUGUGCGACAACCCGUUGGUGGCGGCCGAGGUGCUGCAGCCGCUGUACGGCGGGGACCUGGUGCGGUCCGGGCGGGAAGGCACGCUGGUCGACGGCGUGCCGGUGGUCGAUGUGUUUUUGGCCGAGACGAUCCGCGUGCGCAACUGCUUCAGCGCGCCCCUCGCCACGCUCGACGACACGCGGCCUGAGCCGGGGCGCGGGCGCGGACCCGGCCACGGACCCAGCCACCGCCUGCUGGCCAAGGGCGUGUGGAAGCACGCGUCGUACCUCAACCACAGCUGCGUGCCCAACACAAUGCGCGCGUUCCUCGGCGACGUCCUCAUCAGCCGGGCCACGCGGCCGAUCCGCGCGGGCGACGAGCUGUUCCACCAGUACGUCCCUGUCAAGGCCGACGUGCGCGCGCGGCAGGCCGAGCUGCAGGCCGGCUGGGGGUUCGUGUGCGCGUGCCCGCUGUGCCGCGUCGACGCCGCGACAGACGCCACGGACGCCGCGCGGGCGGGCCACGCGCAUCGCCGGUCCCUCCUCCAGGCCGUCGAGAAGCUGGCCAACAAGCACCCACCGCAGCGCUUCCCACCGGACGCGGCGGUACGUGCCAUGGAGCGGCUGGCCAAGCAAAUGGUGGUGAGCUACGACGCGGACGAAGCCGCGGCUACGGCGGCUGCGACGGCUAGUGGUGGUGGUGAUGGUGGUGGUGAUGAUGUGACAUUUGGGCCGGGCCGGCCAGGCCAGCCAGGCCAGCCACGCCUGGGGCUCGUGUAUCCGACCAUGUGGCUGCUGCGCGCGCACCGAUGCCGCCGACGGCACGCCAAGGUGCUGCAGUACGCGGCCCAGACGCUGCGAUGCUUUGGGUACGGCGUGCCGUCGCCGUCGGCACACGACGACGGCAGCCAUAUGUACAGCCAGCCGGGGAUGCCGCUGCACACGGUGCACGUCGUCAGCGCCCUGGCCAUGGGCGGCGAGGCGCACCGGGCGCUGGGCCACGACAGCGAAGCGGACGCGUUUGGUGCGGCGGCGCGGCUAGGGUUUCGCAUGGUGACGGGGUUCUCCGAGGACGUCAGUGUCAUCAACGAGGAUGACGAGGGGGCGCAGGCAUAG